ACGUCCCGGAGCUGCGCACGCGUCGCAAAAACACGUCGACACGUCAUUCAAUCGAUACCUAUAAAUAGUGCGCGCAUCACUAGCUUAAAGUUUUAAAAUGUCACGUAACGUUUUGUUUUUAGUAAUUUCGUGUUUAUGUGUCAUCAACAAACAUUGAUUCAUGUUUUGUUCGGAAGCGAGUCGUAUGUUGCUAUGUGCUUGCCUGGUCGCGUGUGUGGCGAGUGUGCUGUCUGCUCCAGCCCAGCUGUGUACGGCGGCGGCGGAGGACGACCCUCGCGCCGCUCGCUUCUGUCAGGCUCUGAACACCUUCCUCGAACUCUACGCUGAAGCUGCGGGCGAACAGGUGCCCGAAUAUCAAGCGCUUGUCCGCGACUACCCUCAACUCCUCGACACCGGCAUGAAGCGUCAAGACGUGGUGCACUCUUUCCUCCGGUUCGGCCGCCGCUGACUGCACACAUACAAACACACGCACACACACACAAUAUAAACGUCGUCUUUGUCCAGAACAUUCUAUCAGCUAUGGAUGUACUUACGCUAAAGUAUUAAUAGUUCUAAGUGUAUCUUGUUGUCGGUUACAACUUUUAGUUUGAUAUUGUAACGUUUUAAAUAAAUACAUUAUGUGACAAGCUUACUGUUAUUUUAUUGUCUUUCGCCUUUCAGCAUAAUAUAUAAUCAUGGCAUGGCUAAAAGUAAUUCAAGAAAAAACUUAUCUAAAAUAUACCUGUAUUGUUAAAUGAUAAGUACGAGUAAGG